GCCUCCCUGUCUAUCAAACUGAACGGCCAAUAAGCACCGCCCCAGGCGCAUGCGCAGUGCCUGCCUGACGUCGCUGCCCUCCGGGUGCCCUUAAUGCCGGUGGAGGCUGCAAGGGAGGCAGGACGUGGUGAUGUUUGCGUUUGGCACGCUGUGCUGUGUGGACCAGAAAGAAUGGAGUCAUUGGAAGAUUAUGUAAAGAUAAAGAUGUAAAUACCACUUUAAAAGAGUAAUAAUGGGACCGGGCAUUCAAGAACAUCCAUUAUUACUGCACCGAAAGGCACAGAAAAAGGAAAGCCAAAUCAAUGAAAACCACAAAGGAAUGGUAAAUAAUGGAAAAAGCCACCCAAGCACCAAAGGAGUAAAGAAAUCAGUUUCUCAUGUGAAAUCUCCUGGAAGAUUAUGCAAAAAUGUGCCAACUACCAAUGAAAAGACUUCCUGUGACACUCAAGACGAUAACCAACGAAGUGUUUUUAAGAAGGGGAGGAACCAAUUAGAUGACAGUACUCAGUCAAAACAAAUCACAAGUGUUUGCACAUCUCUGCCCAGAGUUGAAAGGUCAAAGAGGAGUCUCCCAGAAACAAGGCAAAGUGAAUCUUUAGUGCACAGGAUCCCUCCUGCCACAAAAGGCAGCACACAAGGUAGCUUCUGUAAAGUUAAAGAUGUCCAAGUGCAACAUUUUUAUUGCAGUAAAAAAGAACAGUUGGAAAAGAAUCAUGAAGAACAUGCUGCUGAAGCUGGUCCGUGCUCCUCUAAAUGGCAGGAAGCAUCUGUGAACGAAAUGUUUCUUGAUUUUGAAUCGGUACAAAUUAUUAAAGAAGAUGCUGAAGAUGAUAGUGCCAGUGAUCUCUCUGAUUCAGAAAGGAUUCCCAUUCCUCCAUCUCCCUGCACACCGCCAGAACUCAUACUCAGAGCUGAAGAAAUUGAUCCAGUUUGUUUGGAACGUGUGCCUGAUACGGGUUUUAAAGACUCAGAAUUUUACUACCCAGACUUCCUGCCACCCCCUUUUAACUCAUGGGACUUGAAGCAACUGGCCAUCUUUGUUAAUGUAGAAGGUAGAUCUGAGCUUCGACCAAAGCCAACCGGAUUCCUUGAAAAAUACAUUGAUCGUCUUUUGCAGCUGGAGUGGCUGCAAAUGCAGACUGUACAGAAUGAGAAAGCAAAGGCAGCCAAAGCCAGACCACAGACUGCUCCCAGCUCUGUACGUACCCUAAAAAGCCCUGGCAAAUGCAAAGCAUCGCUUAGCCCUUUGCCUAACAAACAAAUGGUUCCCCAGGAAACUGUUACAAAACUCCCCACAUGCUAUUCAGGUCACAGGGUAGAUCCAUGCUGCGAAGAAAGUCAACGGUUUUAUUCACAUCCAGGGCACUUGAAACUAUCUGAAAGAAUGGGACAUGCGAUGUCUUCUCAGAGACAGUCUGGUGAAGUAAGAAAUGAACUGAAAAAAACAACUGCAAAGCAACAGCUUCUCAAUAUGCAGCCAUCUGAGAGCAAUUCUAAAAUUCAAAGUGUUGGUAAUAUCAGACCCCCUAAGCAAGCACCAGCAUUUCAUGGUUCAGCUGCUCCUAUCAAAGGCUUAAAAACAUAUGCAUGUACAAACACAAAGAAAAAUGGCAAUGCUAACAAUUAUGUUCCUUCUAAAAAAUCAGCCGGGGACAGAAAAAUAAAAACAAAUGGCACAAAGCAGACAUCACGGAAAUUUAAGUGAAAAGUUUAUUAGUUGAUGUUUCUUGACUGCUAGAAAGUGUUUGGCCAAUGCAGAAGGGUCAUGUUAUCUUCGUAGGAAGAUCCUGAGAAAAUAUGUUCUUGAUUCAUAGUUCUAAGUCAGCACUGUUCAUUUCAAUACAUUUGAUCUUAAGCCAGCAAGGCCAGCAGGAAAUCUUUUCCCUGAAGGCAAGUCUUCCAUUGGUCUUUCCUUCAGCAUAUUGACAAUUGCUCAAGAGUAUGAAAGUUUAGAGAUAUACACAGUUAUAUAAUGUCCUCCUAUUUGCACCAAUUGAAGUUUGCUGAAGUCUGUAGUGUUUCUUCUGCACUCCUUUUUGUGCAUUUGAGAGAAUAGGAUCUGAGCUCUUUAAAAGAGAUGUUAUUUUGUGACAGGUUUCAUAGUGUUCUGUUCUGAUGGGAAAGGGCUCAAUUGUUUUUAUAAAAUAAUGGAGCAGCUUAUCUAUGCAAAGUGAAACUAAUUCUUCAUAGGAGAUGAUGAAUUUUUGGAUGAAUUGGAUGUGGUUUUUUUGCUAGGAAGAAGAAUGGAGAUAAUGUACUGGAAUAUUUUAAUACUAAAAGGAUUUUUUUAAAGACAGACAUUUGUUAGAGAGCAGACAGCUUCAAUAGUGGCAGAUUAAUAAAAUCAAAUGCAUAUUUUUAUACCCAGAAAACUUCACUGUUUACAGACAGCGUUCCUUCAUGUUCAUUUUGUAAACCUUGAAUAUUUCAAAUUGCACAUGGAUAUUGAUGACUAAUGCCAAAUGAAAAUAUUACUGCACAAUCUGUGACCUAAUGUUCAAAACUGGUAAGCUCUCAAAAUCCAGAUAAUAGACUCUUAGGGGAUGAGCUUGAAGACCAAUGUAAGUUCAAGCAAAGAUAUAUUUUGAUACAAAAAUACCUAUUCUUAGCCACCUGUGAUGACUAUUCUCUAUUCCAUGGCCCAGCCUGUGUCAGUUUGAUUUGCUUCUUAUCUGAAGAUUUAGACAAGUGGCAUGGGGAAAUACCAUAAAAUUGUUCAGCCAGAGUUGAGUUCUGUCCUUAGACCCUCUGAUUCUUCUUGUGUCUGGGAUACAGGAGAAUAUGAAAGUAAUUCAGCGAGUAUUCAAGUGUCAGUUCAGCUCUUAGCUGGGGACACUAUUUUGUUAAAAAUCUAGAAAUCGUUUUGAAGUUUGAUUUUUAAAUGAAGUACUGAACACCAUUUGUUCAUCCUCAGCCACCUGUCACAGUGAACUGUUGAUGAGAAGUAAGCUGAGGUCUGACAGACUGGAUUUUUACAAGUGGGUCCUUCUCAUUCCUAUAGCUAGUGAGAAACCAUCAGUUACUAAAUAUACUAUGUACAUAGUUAAACUGCACUUGUCUUGGUGAUCUCAUCUCUCUUGGUCUUAAGAUGCUUAGCUGUUUCUGUUCUUUCAUUGUGUCUAC